GCACUAUAAGGGUUGGAUUUUUUAGACAGGUUGCGGCAGCGUGCGUGGACGAUGCACACAAUUUGGUGACAAGGCAGUCGCUCACCUCAGCGUGAGCAUUGUAGCGCCGUUGGCAAAGCCCAUGAAAGCACCAGCGAUGCCACGUCGCCAAUGUGUCAUUCCCACGGUGGUGUCAGUUAAGUUAACCGACAGUUUUGUCGACAGGCUCAAUAGUGGUGAUCACUACUAUGAGCACGACGCUGUCGAGGAUUCGAAGGAAAAACGUGGCGUUCCCAUGUCCGAAGGUAGGAAUCUUGCAGCAACUAGAGUGGCACACCGGUACUGCAGUCGUCAUCUUGUGUUCGGCAAUACUAUAGCCUGUCACGCACUUCGUCUUGCUGUCCACCAAGAGAACAACCACGGACUAAUACAGGACAGGCUGUCCUGCUCAGGUUUCGCGCGGUGGAGCUACUAAAGCGUGUACCAUCAAAGAUGCCGCGGUUAUUGCUGUUGAAUCUCGAUGGGAUGGUACACUGUACCAUUUGUAAAUCGUAAAAUAAACAUCCACCUGUGUAAUCACAACA